AAUAUCAGAUGACAGGAGCGCGUUACACACGAUGUCAGAUCUAAAGACUGACACGUAACGGACUAAGGCUGCACAGGACGGUUCAGUUUGGAUGGCGGAAAGAUUUCAGAGCGAAGAGCGACAUCAAUAAAUAAUUUACAGACCAUGAACUAUGUGGGUCAGUUGGCGGGCCAGGUGUUCGUGCAGGUCAAGGAGCUAUACAGGGGACUCAACCCUGCAACACUGUCUGGAUGUAUAGAUGUUAUCGUGGUACGACAGCCAGAUGGCACCCUGCAGUGCUCCCCAUUCCACGUCCGCUUCGGCAAGAUGGGUGUGUUGCGGUCCCGUGAGAAAGUGGUGGACAUAGAGAUUAAUGGCGAGCCGGUGAGUCUGCAUAUGAAGCUGGGCGAGAAUGGAGAGGCCUUCUUCGUCACAGAGACUGAGAACACAAUGGAAAUAGUCCCGUCUUACCUGGCAACGUCACCCAUCAUGUCAACGGGGGCAGAGUUAAUGGAGUCCCAGCUAGGCAGGGGCAGUUCUCGUCACCAUGACACCAUCCCCUGCAGCUCACUCCCUGUCCAGAGCCUGGGACCGCAGCAAAGUGAAAGUGGGAUGAUCAAGAAGAGGAGGAAGCGGAGGAGGAAGGUACGACCAGAAGCAGCCGGCGGAGGGGGAGGGAGGAGAGAGGAGAGCGGAGAAGAGUUUUCGGAGGACGAGGACAUGUUUUCUAUUGACCUGAGCUCAGAUGAGGAGAGAGAGGGUGACGGCGGCAGACCUGUGUACGGUGAUCAGGGGUCAACAGCCAACAUGCACACACACCCCAGCACUGAUUGGACCCGUUCACAGAGCCAUGCGAUUAAGGAGACUCUCUCCCUUCCUCCACCCUGUGGUCUGUCCAUCUCUUGUCCUCAGCAGACUUCUCACUUCUCCUCCUCUGUUAGUAGCCCUGACGAUUCACGCUCAUCAACACCGAAGAGCGACUCAGAGCUAACCAAUCAGAACAAAGACAACCCUGAGAUGUUGUGGACCUGGGGGGAGCUGCCACAGGCCGCCCAGCCAUCCUUCCUGACUUCCCACCAGAAGCAGGACCCCGUCCCAGCAGUCUCCAUCCCGGUGUCCAACAGCACUCACUUCAGAGCCAUCAAUGACACUGGACCCCCCUCCCUCACUCUCUACCCUCCCCAGCCAGGGGAGAGCGCUGCUCAGGGUGAGGACAAGGACACUGAAGAAAGAAAAAACGGAGCCAGGGUUGGACGAACCACUAAGACUGGGGACACAGCUGCAGGGAGAGAGGUGGAAAGCGUUGGGCCAUCAUGUGAAGAGAUGGAGGGUCUAACAGCCUGCCCAGUGUCUUCCAAGAUUCUCCUUGAUCACCUUGACGAAGCUGGGAGUAGAGGAAGUCCCAUCAGGAGAACUGAUUCACCAUCUAAGAAGAAAGAAAAGAGAAGCCAACACCUUGGUGCUGAUGGCGUGUAUCUGGAUGAUAUUACAGAGCUGGAGCCUGAAGUAGCCGCUCUCUACUUCCCUAAAAGUGACGGAGGCAGUAGCUCAAUGAAAGGGGACUCCGAGAUGAUGAUGAUGGGAGCGCGGAGUGCUAAUCAGUCCCCACAGUCAGUGAGCAGCUGUGGGAUGGACAGCGGCGUUGACAGUUUGUCCGACCAAGUGGGGGACCUGCCUCAUGUUGCUAUCUCUUUGUGCGGAGGACUCACUGACAACAGGGAGAUCACAAGAGAGCAGUUCCAGGAGAGGGCAAUUUCCUACCAGCAGUUCUCUGAAAACCCUUCUAUUAUCGAUGACCCUAACCUGGUGGUCAAGAUAGGAAACAAGUACUACAACUGGAACACAGCAGCUCCUGUGAUGUUGGCCAUGCAGGUCUAUCAGAAACCACUGCCGCAGGCCUCAGUGGAGAACAUCAUGAAGGAGAAGAUGCCAAAGAAAGGAGGACGCUGGUGGUUCUCGUGGAGGGGCCGGAACAGCGACUCCAAAUCAGAAUCAGUGACAGAUGCAGGAGGAGACAGUGGAGAGAGUUCGAUUACGAUGCCCUCAGUGGACAGGAUGAAGGACGAAUCAUCCUCCAGUGAUGAGGACCACAGAUCGUCCAAUCAGGCGUCAGGACCCUGCCAGUCAGAGCUCCUCAUGAGUUCUGGCAACGUCUGUUAUAAGAAGACUCUUCGGCUCACCUCAGAGCAACUGGCUAGCCUGCAGCUGAUGGAGGGUCCUAAUGAAGUGGUAUUCAGCGUGACCACUCAGUACCAGGGCACCUGUCGCUGCCAUGGCACAAUCUAUCUUUGGAGCUGGGAUGACAAGAUAGUCAUCUCCGAUAUAGACGGAACAAUAACAAGGUCGGACACCCUGGGUCACAUCCUCCCCACUCUGGGUAAAGACUGGACUCACCAGGGCAUCGCACGGCUUUACCACAAAGUCAGCCAGAAUGGAUAUAAAUUCAUGUACUGCUCGGCGAGGGCCAUCGGCAUGGCUGACAUGACGCGAGGCUACCUGCACUGGGUCAAUGAGAGGGGAACCAUGCUGCCAAUGGGCCCGGUGCUGCUCAGCCCCAGUAGUCUCUUUUCUGCAUUGCACAGGGAGGUGAUUGAGAAGAAACCAGAGAAGUUUAAGAUCGAGUGUCUCACAGAUAUAAAGCACUUGUUCCACCCAAACACUGAACCUUUCUACGCUGCUUUUGGCAACAGAGCUACGGAUGUGUAUUCCUAUAAGGAGGUUGGUGUUCCUCUGAACAGGAUUUUCACUGUCAAUCCCAAGGGAGAGCUGAUACAGGAGCAUGCGAAAACCAAUAUCUCCUCCUUUGGGCGUCUGUGCGAGAUGGUCGACCACGUCUUCCCAGCCCUUGCUCGAGAGGAGGGAGCAGACUUCCCCUGCUCUGACACCUUUGACCAGUGCAAUUACUGGAGCAAACAACUUCCUGAUGGCACCAACCAGGAAGAAGAAGACCCACAGCCACUGGAGACAAGCUGAGGAAACCCAUCGAGAACGCUGCAUUCCAGCUUUUCUCCAAAUCAGUCAUGACGCUGAGGUCAGGGGGUUUGCGACUCAUCGUGAAGCCGGCUGCCCGGAUUCAGAGUGAAGGUGUUGAUUAUUUUAGGAUCAAAAAUCCAAGGACUGAACCUGAACAGCUGCUUGGGAGUGAAGCCAACCGAUGGCUCCGCCUGAGGAGUGCUCAACACAGGGUCAAAGACUCACGUAUCACACAUUUGCAAGUGCACUGACUCACACCAAUGCAUACACAUAAGAACUUGUAAAGGCAUUCCAUAGACAAUGCACAACACUGCAGAAUAUAUUAUCCCUCACUGUGUGUUUUUCAGCUCAUUGAGAGAUUCCUUCGACUGGUUACUGUUCUCUCCUUCAUCCCACUCCACUCUUCAUUUACACUGGUGGAUGGAAAAGCUGUCACAAAAACCACACACAUACACUGUUUGUGGAAAUUAUUGCUAAUAUUAUUUUGCACAUAUACAGGCCGCAGAAUUUUAUGCAAAAAAAAAACCUAUCUUAAAAUAAUCGGUCCAUGUUAAGUCCACAAAAAUGUGAGGACUCACUGUGUAAAUGAGAUAAUUUUGCAGAGAUUCUGCACAAGCAGCCCUUCCAGAUUGCCCAAACAACUGGCUUACACCAUUGAUAAUACAAUAUAAAUUAUAUAUGGCCUAGAAUUCAGCUUCCCAAAUCAAAUCAGCCUGUUGGUGCAUCAUUUUAUAUCUUGUUUUAACCCAUCACAUGCAAUAUAUUACCAAAUAUUAACAUACAUAAGAAUCUUAGUUGGAGUUUUACCUACUGCAGGCAUGUGGCUGCAGUAAUCUCCUGUGACCUCCAGUGCAGUACAUACACCACAUCACAUUAACUUAGAUUUCACGACUAUAAGAGCAACCAGAACAUGCAAAAAUAGCACAGAUAGUGUACUCAGUCAUCUUUCUGUGCCAAACUCCUUUGCAGGUCCAGCUACAUGUGUGUGUGGUCUCCUGACCGUGCUACUGUGAAAGAUUUAUGUUUAAGACAAAUGCAGGACAAUGCAAAUAACUUAAGUGUGUGUUCUUUCUGUCUGUUUUUAUACACGCAAAUACGUUAACACCAGUGAUAUACUAGAAUGUAGAAUAUAAAUCACUCAGAGUCUGUGUUAUUAAUAUGACUAAUGCCCAUCAAUGCAAUGACUGUGGAAGCCCACACAGGACUGCGGUCAUAUAUUUUCAGUUUUGUAAAGUUGUUACUGCACAGAUCAAUAUACUUUUAUAUACAGCACUAAUCUGUCCUGUGGUGGAGAAUUAAAUGCAGUAUAUUCAAAUACUGUAAGGUUUUCUCUUUAAAAAUACAUCUGUGUUUUUUGUCAUGUGUAUAUAGAUUUCCAUUGUUAUCAAAUGUUUGUUUCCAUCCAUUGAUCAAAUAACAUCUACUGUACUGCAUUUAUUAUUUUUUUCACAUGUCUAACUUAAAAUGGGUGAAACCACUGUAAAUAAUGAUUAAUGUUAUAAAAUUUUGUAACCAUAUGAAGUGAACUUAAAAAAAAGAAAGAGCUCAUCUUUUGAGAGAUGAUAUUGUCUAAAAGGCGUUGUUACUGGUGCUCAUUUAAACACACCUGCAGUCAUUACAUGCUUUACUGUGAAUCUGUUUUCAAACCACCCGUGUCCUGUUACGCUAAGAGGUGGCAGCUUCAUCAACAUGCAGUUUUUAAGGAAAGCCCAUAGAUGGAUUAGUGUUAAUCAUACGUCAUUUUGUUUUAUUUUGAGCCUCAUGGGCACUAAGGUGGCUAUUUACAUGAAGUGCAAGCUAAUUGCUACAUAAAGUUUAUGUUGAUUGCAUUGUUAAGAACUGUUUUGUACAGAGCCCCUAAAGUCCCAGAAGGUGAUGAGCAGAAGUUAAUUGUCUUGUUGGAACAAGUUCUUGUCAUAUUAUGGGACUUUAGUGGCUCCGUAGCUUUGAAUGCCUGACAGCUUCAAGAAUAGGAAAAACGCUCAUGUUGCUACCGCCCUCCAGAUUUUAUAUCAUCUGAAAAAAGUUAGAGUUUAACAACAAUAUUUGUAAUCUGAUAUUAAUGUGUCCUGUACCGGAAAAAAAGCCAAAAUACUGAUUGAUCCUCUGAUUGAUUGUGACUGAGUCUGUGAUAAUGUAUACUCUUUGUGCAUAGGAUAGAUAAUGUUUGAUGCCAUACUGGCAAAAGAAAACUAAUGAGGAAUUGACCUUGAAUCUGAAACUGUUGAUGUUCACAUGCCUUUGGGGACUCCAAUGUAAUUUGUGUAAGAGGAAAAGAAGCAGAGGACGCAUGCUGUUGUGAUGCUAAGAUGCAUAUUACGUGGAUGUGAUAAUCACUGUCUUGUCACCUGAUCCUUGUAGACAUUGCUAUAGUAUUGUUAUGAGUGUUAUAAAAAAGCAGAGACAUGUUAACAUGUAAUUAUUGAAGCCAAAAGCACACUCACAUCUGUGUGAGGUCACUCGAUUUGGCACUUGUAAGAGAUUAUGCUAAAGUGGAUUAUGGAAGCUGAUGAUUUUUCUUCUUAAUGAACACAAUGCUCUUCCCAUGAUUUUAAAGUAAAUCAUCUGUGUGGUGAUUGUCACUUGAUUCUUUCUGUGAAAGAUCCAUUAAAACUCUUGACCAGUGAUGCAGUCUGUGUCUGUGUUGACAUGGAUGUUGAUCUGUCCCGUGUAGAGAUUAAGGGCACUAUGAAGCAGCCCACCGAGCAGUGUGCAGUACGAGCAAGUGUUAACAAUGUAGUUUGAAUAAAUAUGUACAAUGAACAUAUUGUUUUUAAUAAACUCAAACAUGAUUGCUA